AUGACAGAUUUUGGCUUUUGGAUAAAUGCCUUUAGUAUUUCUAAAAUUCUGACAACGUUCAUCGUUAAAAUAUCAGUGACAAAAAAACAAAACAAAACAAAACUUGAGGUACAAGAAAGCAUGACUGUGUCUGGGAGUGUCCUGAGCGCGUCUCCAACCAUCACAAUGACCGCUGGAGGUCUCCCUCCAGAGAAACAGACACAAGACUGAAAUGCAUUUAUUGGUGUAUCUAAAUGGCUUUUACAUCACCUACACUAGACUGACCAUGCUCCACUCUUCAUCCACCCUCCACCUAAAAAUGACAGCCUUCUCAUUAGUCGCUUAGGGCGCGCUACUUUUGUUCCAAAUCAACCCUGCGCGUCCCGGCGUCAAUCUUUACUUUCGAUGCGUGAGAGUUUGAGGCGUGCAGCCGCUGAGCAGAGCAGGCAUCUGGGCUCCAACAUUUACAUGAUGGCUUCGGAUCAAGAGAAGAACAGGCAGCGUUUGAAGCAGCUGCUGGGGAAACCUGGGAAUGGAAACUGUGCCGACUGCGGAGCUCCAGAUCCGGAGUGGGCGUCCUAUACCCUGGGAGUGUUUGUGUGUCUCAGCUGCUCGGGCCUUCAUAGAAACAUUGCUCAGAUCAGCAAGGUGAAAUCCAUCCUGUUGGAUCCCUGGAGCUCUGCUGAGGUGGAGUUCAUGGACUCUGUGGGUAACAACGCUGCCAAGGCCAAAUAUGAAAAGAUAGUUCCUGCCUUCUUCUACUGUCCUACACACAAAGACUGCAUGCUCCUGCGGGAACAAUGGAUCCGAGCCAAGUACGAGAGGAAGGAGUUCCAGUGUGUGGAGAGGCAGGAGCCCUACUCAGCAGGCUACAGAGAGGGGUUUCUAUGGAAACGAGGCCGAGACAACGGACAGUACCUCAGCCGAAAAUUUAUUCUGUCCGAACGGGAAGGUGUUUUGAAGUACUUCAACAAACAUGAUGCCAGAGAGCCCAAAGCGAUAAUGAAGAUCAAUACUGUUAAUGCCACUUUCCAGCCGACAAAAAUAGGCAUCGCCCACGGCCUGCAGGUCACCUAUUUGAAGGACAACAGCACUAGGAAUAUCUUUGUUUACCAUGAGGAUGGAAAGGAAAUGGUGGACUGGUUCAACGCCAUCAGAGCAGCUAGGUUUCAUUACCUGCAGGUGGCUUUUCCUGGAGCUUCCAACUCUGAUUUGAUGCCAAAGCUAUCGAGGAACUACAUAAAGGAGGGUUACAUGGAGAAGACUGGUCCAAAGCACACAGAGGGCUUCAAGAAGAGAUGGUUUACGAUGGAUGACAGGAGGCUCAUGUACUUCAAAGAUCCACUGGAUGCCUAUGCACGAGGUGAGGUGUUCAUCGGCAGCAGGGAAAACAGCUACACUGUGCUUCCCGGCCUCCCCCCGAACAUUCAGGGCUACCACUGGCAGUUUGGCAUUACGAUAGUGACCCCAGACAGGAAGUUUCUAUUUGCGUGCGAGACUGAGGAGGAUCAGAAAGACUGGAUCGCUGCAUUUCAAACAGUAAUCAACAGACCAAUGCUGCCUCAGGAGUACGCAGUGGAGGCCUAUUUUAAGCACAAACCAUGACUGUCUUAGUGUUUGAAGGCCUGUUGGUGCAGGAUGAGGAGCAGGGGUGGAGCCGGAGAAGAGAAGGACCAGAGAUAUGUAUGUUAUCUUAUAAUGGAAGUCUUUAUAAAGACUUAGGCCGGAGGUACACUUGCUUUUAACUAUGCAUUCAUGUGCGUAUGAUGGCUGCCUCAGGUAUCCUGCAUCCGUUUGGAGUGUUGGUUGUGCACAUCCUCAGAAAUUAACGCUACACAUCUGCAACAUACAAUAUGCACAUGAAUGGUAGGGGCAAUGUGAGAAACACACCCACCAUUGUCCUGACGUGCUUGAUUUUAGGGCCUCACAUGCCAUCUACGAGUUCGCUGCCGUCACUUUUUCUGCCAUGUUAAUUGUUUACAUCAUGCAAAUCCAUUUGUCCUAUACAGUACAGUCUGUCUCUGAUGUGCCCCCUAGUGGAAUCCUCCAGUAACACGCGUAGUAUAUAGACAGGUACGUCAACAAAUCCAUCCACGACUCAGCCAGUUGUCUACGCGAACAUGUAGUUAAAAAGCAAGUAUAUCUCCAGCCUCAAGGGUGACAGACAAAAGACCUAAAGGGUGAGACGUUAGCAUUCGCACAGUGACUCCUUUACCUGCCAUUCUGCUCAACCUCACCUACAUUACAUGCCAGACCCAUUCCUUAAGGAGUCCGAAUCACUUCUAAGCUCAUGAAUGUUAGCCUAACUCACUCAUCUGUUACGUGAUGUGACUUACAUACUUGAAGAGGUCAGUCAUCCUGACCCGAAUGUGCAGAAGGUGUUUGUAUGAAUCAGAGUUGUUGCUGCUUAAUGUCAGAAAUUGUUUUUUUUAAUCUGUUAUCAGUAGUGUAAGUAGAAAUACUUAAAUUAACUAGAUACAACUGAAUUAAACUUGCAUUUCAACCAAGUGUAAAAACUGAGCCCCUGGCCAGUUAUACGCAGACUAAACAUUAUGUGACACAGGACUGUAAAAGUCAGUAAGAAGGAUGGAUACAUACAUCGUCUGCAGAUGCAUUUAUGUCCAUGUAUGAGUACAAUAAUAUUUAAUUCUCAAUGUAUUUAUUUUUUUAACUGUUUAAUUUGCUACAAGCAGCUUGUAACGUUUAAGUGCCGAGCACUGCAGGUGUAAGUUAUUUAGUUUUUUUUGUACACAUUCAAGCAGCUGAAUAUAAACUGCUUUGCAAUAUGUUUAUUGUCACAUGUAAGGAUUGGCUUUCAUUCCUUUUCUCUCUUGUUUUUGUGAACUAUGGAAAUUUAGAUCCAUAUUAGCAUUUACUUCUGUGGUAUAAUGAUUUAUCCAGCAGAGGGAGACAGAGGAAAGGUUUUAAACUCACUAUGACCCCUCCUCCUGACACACACACACACACACACACACACACACUCCAGGGACUCAUUAACCUCAUCAAACCAGUGACAGGUGUGCACAUUGAAUAAUUUGUGUAAGUGCUGAAGGAAAAGGUGUGAAAAAAGAGCUGCGGUUGAGCAAGCUAUGCUUAAGUGUCACUGAAUCUCCGCCGCAUACUGUUUUGUAACUCGUGCUCUGAACUCACUGUGGAGUCGUGUAAGAGAACCUGCAAUAUCAUCACUAUUAAAAGGGUAAAAGCCACAUUACCUCCUGCUUUUAUUGUUUACUUUAAGUUACAAGAAAGAAGUUGCACAUUGAAAAGUAGUAAAAACAAAAACCGAUACAUUACUCUGAACAUCAAGAUUGGAAAACGAAAGUGCAGUCAACACUGUACAGAGAUAACCAGUUUCUGUGGCUAAGAUGAAAUCUACCAAAGCAACAUAUCAUAUAAAAAGAGGCCUAUGCUUCUUCUAUAAAGAACAGGUUAAAUACUGUCAACUGAUUAUAAGAAAUGUACUAGUCAAAUGUUUUUUAAGAAAACAUGGCACUAUAUACCCCAUUUAUAUAUUUAUGAAUGGAAAAUAAAAGCAUAAUAAUGUUU